AUGCUGUCAAAAGUGUGCUGUCUUGGUGCAGGUUAUGUUGGAGGUUCAACACUUUCAAUUAUAGCUCAUUACUGUCCGGAGAUUCAAGUUACUGUUGUUGAUACUUGUGAUGAACAAAUCAAGAUGUGGAACUCAGAUACGCUACCAAUAUAUGAGCCGGGAUUAGAUGAGAUUGUUAAAUCACACCGUGGAAAAAAUCUACACUUUUCUUCGGAUAUUGACAAAGCAAUAGAUGAAGCUGAAAUGAUCUUUAUCUCAGUGAAUACCCCAACAAAAAAUUGGGGCCUUGGUAAGGGUAGAGCAACUGAUCUGACUAACUUAGAGGCUGCAGCUCGACGUAUAGCUAAAGUAUCACGACAACCGAAAGUUAUAGUUGAAAAAAGUACAGUACCGGUGAAAGCAGCAGAGACUACAAGUACAAUACUUCAAUUUGAAGCAAAGUCUCGUCGUAACAUAUCCAAUCUUACAAUAACAACUAAUAAUAAUUAUAGUAAGCUUAAUGAAUUUGUGGUCUUAUCGAAUCCGGAAUUUCUAGCUGAAGGUACUGCUGUCAAUGACUUAUGUAAUCCAGAUCGUAUUCUAAUUGGUGGUGAUUCACAUUCGUCAUCUGGUAAAUUAGCAAUCGAAAUGUUACGUUGGAUAUAUUUACAUUGGGUACCAGCAGAACGUAUACUUAUUACAUCGACUUGGUCAUCGGAAUUAUCUAAAUUGGCAGCUAAUGCUUUUCUUGCUCAACGUAUUAGCAGUAUCAAUGCUAUCUCGGCUAUAUGUGAACAAACAAAUGCUGAUAUUAAAGAAGUGUCUAAAGCAAUCGGUGCAGAUCAUCGAAUUGGCCCAUAUUUUUUAAAUGCUGGUCUUGGCUUUGGUGGUAGUUGUUUUCGUAAAGAUAUUUUAAGUUUGAUGUAUAUAUCAGAGACAUUGAAUUUACCAGAAGUAGCUUCUUAUUGGUGUAGUGUACUACAAAUUAAUAAUUAUCAGAUUGAUAGAUUUACACGUAAUGUAAUUGAAAAAUUGCAUAAUACAUUAAAAGGGAAACGUAUUGCAAUAUUUGGCUUCACUUUUAAAGCAGAUACAUAUGAUACAAGAGAUAGUCCUGUGAUACCAUUAUGCAAUCAGUUAUUACAAGAACAAGCUGAACUAGCAAUCUAUGAUCCGAAAGCUCAUUAUAAACAAAUUGAAUCAGAUUUAUUAAUCAAUAAUAAAGAUUCAUUUAGUCAAUUCGUUCACAUUUGUUCUACGCCUGAAGAAGCUGUCACCAACGCUUAUGCUAUUCUGAUAUGCACAGAUUGGAAAUGUUUCCAGGAAUAUGAUUAUGCGAAGUUUUACCGUUUAAUGACGAAACCAGCAAGAAUAUUUGAUGGACGUAUUAUAUUAAAUCAUAAACAAUUAAGUCAAAUAGGUUUUAUUGUUGAAGUAAUUGGUAUUGCAUCAGAAAGUUUUACCAUGAAUGGUUAUGUUGAAUAA